GUCAGGUUCAGCAUGGCUUUAGACACCAUGUGACUGAGAGAUGACACAGCAGAGCUGAAGCCCCUCCAGUACAAUAGCCGGGGUUAAACAUGCCGCAGCGCUGUGAGGACGCGGGCCGGGGGCCUCUGUAGGUCAGUCAGUGCUGGUGCUCUUUGAGCUAUUUUACUCUGAGCUCUAUCAGCUGCUGCUGCGCGCGCGCUGGAGGCGGUUGUUGUUUUAUGUGGGCCGGGCGCGUGAAAGGGAAAAUGAAAGCCAGCGAGCGCGCGCGGCAGUGAUGAGGCGGAAAUUCAGGUUGAACUGAUUUUAGUUGCUAAGAAGACUAAGAAGCUAAGAAGACCUCAAAACAAGAAUGUGAAAAAAGCUGCUAAGUACAAAUACUACAGCCAUUCACCUUUACAAAAAACUGCAGUAUUCUACUGGGCAGUCAUGUCAUCUUCCAGUAUUCUCUUUUUACUUUUGACUGUAAUCGCACUGACAUUUCCUGGCGUAUGUCUGCCUUCUGAAAGCAGCAGUGCUGCUGAAAACAUCCAUGUGGUGGCGACCAAUGGGCUCCCUUUUCCUUGGAGCAAGUUACGCCUUCCGAAUUACAUUAUUCCCAUCCAUUACCAUCUGUUAAUCCAUCCCAACCUCACCACCCUGAGGUUCAAUGGCUCCGUCAAGAUUGAGAUCGAUGUAAAGAAUAACACCAACUGGGUGGUUCUGCACAGCAAGAACCUCGAGAUCACCGCGGCGACCGUACUGGACGAAAGCGAGGCCCACCUGUUUGAUAAAGCUCUUCCUGUUCUGGAGUAUCCUCCCCACGAGCAGAUAGCCAUCUUCUCCCCGAAGAUCCUAACAUCUGGAGAAAAGUACUUUCUGUACUUGGAAUUUAGUGCAGCACUGAGUGAUGGCUUCUUUGGCUUUUACAAGAGUUCAUACAGGACCAAAGAUGGAGAAACAAGGGUUUUGGCGUCUACGCAUUUCGAACCUACCUCCGCACGAAUGGCGUUUCCCUGUUUUGAUGAGCCCAUCUUCAAAGCCAACUACUCUGUCCGGAUCAGAAGGGGGCCAUCUCACAUUGCUCUGUCCAACAUGCCAGUGGAGCACACAGUGGAGUUGGAGGAUGGUCUGUUUGAGGAUCGGUUUGAAGCGAGUGUGCAGAUGAGCACCUACCUCGUGGCCUUUAUCGUCUGUGAUUUCAAGUCUGUAAGCAGGAGAACCGUGACAGGGGUUGAUGUUUCAAUUUACGCUGUUCCGCACAAGUGGCACCAAACCCACUACGCUCUGGAAGCUGCUGUAAAACUGCUGGAGUUUUAUGAGACGUAUUUCAACAUCUAUUAUCCUUUGCCAAAACUAGAUUUGAUAGCCAUUCCAGAUUUCCAGUCUGGAGCUAUGGAGAACUGGGGCUUGACCACCUACAGAGAGACAUCUCUGCUCUAUGACCCUGACGUCUCAUCCACCUCAGACAAACUGUGGGUUACGAUGGUGAUCGGACACGAGCUGGCCCAUCAGUGGUUUGGAAACCUGGUGACUAUGGACUGGUGGAAUGAUAUUUGGCUUAAUGAGGGCUUCGCUCGAUAUAUGGAGUUUGUGUCUGUUGAGGCCACUUACCCGCAGUUAAAAGUGGAGGACUAUUUGUUGGACACCUGCUUUGCAGCUAUUGGACGGGAUUCUCUAAACUCCUCCAGGGCGAUAUCCUGCUCUGCAGAAAACCCAACUCAGAUAAAGGAGAUGUUUGAUACUGUAUCUUAUGAUAAGGGGGCUUGUAUUCUGCACAUGCUGAGGCAUUUCCUGACAGAUGAUGUGUUCCAGAGUGGCAUAGUCAGGUAUCUGAGAAAGUUCAGAUACAGGAAUGCCAAAAACGAGGAUCUGUGGGACAGCCUGGUCAAUACAUGCUCUGAGGAGGAUUUUACAUCAGGAGAAUACUGCUACAGUAGCACACAGGCCACCAAAAAUUCAUAUCGGUUUGCUGGGGAACACAUAGACCUGAAGAAGAUGAUGCACACAUGGACUCUACAGAAGGGCAUUCCUCUGGUCACGGUGAAACGAAAGGGGACCAAGCUUUACAUUGAGCAGGAGAGGUUCCUGAAGACGGUCCAGCCCAGUGACCCACUUUGGCAGACAAUGCAAACUGGUUUUCUGUGGCACAUUCCUUUGACCUACAAAACAAGCCACUCCCACACUGAGAUGAGACACAUACUACAGACAAAGUCAGACGUUCUGGUGCUGGAUGGAGAUGUGGACUGGGUGAAGUUCAACACAGAUAUGAACGGCUACUAUAUGAUCGAUUAUGAUGCUGAGGGAUGGAGCGCCUUGAUUGAGCUCCUGAGAGUAAACCACAGCGCUGUGAGCUUCAAGGACAGAGCAAACCUUAUUCACAACGCCUUUCAGCUGGUCACUGCAGGGCGAUUGCCGCUGGACCGGGCUUUGGAUCUGAUCACUUAUCUGAAGACUGAGACUCACAAUGUUCCCCUGUUGCAAGGAAUUGGAUAUUUAGAGUCAUUUUACAAGAUGAUCGAGAAGAGAAACAUGCCUGACGUCACUCAACAUCUCAAGACCUACAUCCUGCAGUAUUUUAGAGACGUGAUAGAUAAGCAGACCUGGAGCAAUGAGGGCACAGUCUCAGACAGAAGGCUGCGCUCUGAACUUCUGUCGUUGGCAUGUGAUCUUGGUUAUGCUCCUUGUCUGGAAAAGGCCAAACAUUUCUACCAUACAUGGGUGAAGUCUAACAGCACAAUCAGUUUACCCAGUGACGUGACUGAGACCAUCUACAUGGUUGGAGCUCAGGAUGACAGUGGCUGGCACUACCUGUUGGAGAAGUAUGGGGUUUCCAUGUCUGAGGCAGAGAAAUGCAAAAUCCUCUCAGCUUUAGCGAGCACCAGGGAUUCCAAUAAGCUUCUACGACUUUUGGAGCUCGGAAUGGAGGGAUCGGUGAUAAGAGCUCAGGACUUAUCUACACUAAUUUACACUGUGGCCAGAAAUCCAGCAGGACAUUUCUUAGCUUGGAAUUUUGUGAAGAAGAACUGGAAUAAACUGGUGGAAAAAUUCCAACUGGGAUCAUUCAGUAUGAGAAAUAUCAUCAUUGGUACAACUGGACAAUUCUCAUCAAAAGAGGAGCUUGUUAAUAUCAAGGAAUUUUUCGAAUCCAUCAGGGACCAGACCUCUCAGCUCCGAGUCACUCAGGUGGCAGUUGAAAACGUGGAGAAGAAUAUUCUGUGGUUGGAGAGGAAUUUAGAGACUCUGAGGACGUGGCUUCAACAGAGACUGAAUUAAUACAUCUAAUACGCUUUUCCUGAACUUUUUAGCACAUACAAUCAUACUACAUCAACACAUUUCCACAGGAUUCAGGAAAGUGCAGAGACAGAUGUAUGAAAACUUGCACUGUUCAGUUUUAUAAGCAAAUCAGAAUGUUUAAUAGGUUUUAUAUAGUUUCAUAUCUUAAUGCAGUUUUUACGAUAAAGUACAGAGAAUGUUUUGAUAAAUACAUUAAGCAUGGUUUGAAUGGUUUUGUGUUCCAUGAUAAUUAUGUUAAAUAGGCUAAAUGCUGAUGAGAGUGCAUUAUUUUUAUUAGGUUUUCUAAAAAGAGAUUGUGAGAUAUUUUGGUGCAACUGCAGUUUAAUGGGUUUUAAUUUCUUUAAUA